AUGCCCGCCGUUGCCAACGCUUACCCUACCACCCAAACCAUGUCCCUCCAAAACGAGCAAACCAAGAAGGAAGAAGAAGUUGAGCCCUCCACCUCUUCCUUGCUCAGACUUCGUGGUGGUGGUUGUGUCAAGGACUGCCUUGCUACCAUUUGCUUCUGCUGCGCUCUUGAAGCUAUUUGCUGGUAG